AUGAGCACCACCACCACCACCACCACCACCCCACGCAACACCUACGGCCUCGGCUACGAGGCGUCGCAGGUGCAGCACCACGAGUGGCGCACAGCCGAGAACAGCACGGCGUACCUGCUCCCGCACCUGCGGCGGGCGGUGGAGCAGAACCCGGGGCUGCGCGUGCUGGACGUGGGCGCGGGGUCGGGCACGAUCUCGGCGUCGCUGGCGGCGUACCUGCCGGAGGGCGAGCUGGUGGCGACGGACAUCUCGGAGGCGAUCCUGGAGCGGGCGCGGGCGCACGCCGCGGCGCGCGGGGUGCGCAACGUGACGUUCCGCGCGGCCGACGCGUACGCGCUGCCCUUUGCCGACGCCUCCUUCGACGUCGUGCACGCCCACCAGGUGCUGUGCCACCUGAGCGCGCCCGUCGACGCGCUGCGCGAGAUGCUGCGCGUGACGCGGCCGGGUGGGCUCGUCGCCGUGCGCGAGUCCGACAUGCGCAUGUGGUGCUUCUGGCCCGAGACCCCCGCGCUGGAGAGGUUCCAUCGGCUCGCGGUGGACGUGAUGCUGGCGAACGGCGGGCAGGACAAGGGCGGCCGCCAGCUGGUCUCGUGGGUGCUGGACGCCGGGGUGAAGCGGGAUGAUGUCGAAGCCAGCUUCGGGACGUGGUGCUACAGUACGCCGGAGGACCGGCGGGCUUGGGGAGAGGCCAUGAUUGGGAGGCUGAAGGAGGGGCGGAUGCGCAGCAAAGCCCUCGAGACGGGCCUCGCGACCGAGGAGGAGAUCGAGGAAAUGGUGAAGGCCUGGGAGGAGUGGAUCAGAACCGACUCGGCUACGCUGGGCAUCAUGAACGGCGAGGUCGUGGUGAAGAAGGCAUAA